CGCAAAGUCCUACUCUAAUUAUCUUUUCAUCAGUUUUUUGAAGGGUUUGCGCUUGGAGGUUGCAUUUCCCAAGCGCAGUUUAAAGCGUCGUCAGCAACUAUAAUGGCUUCUUUUUCUGCACUGACUACACCCUUGGGUGUUGGGAUUGGAAUGGGUAUCUCUUCGGGGUAUAACCCUUACAGCACCCAAGGUAAAACAUCUACCGACGGCACUCAUCCUCGUUCUCGUCCUGAAUACAUUCCCAAUCACAUUCCCGACCCGUCAUAUGUCCGCAUCCUGGACACCACCCUUCGCGAUGGCGAGCAAUCUCCCGGAGCUGCCAUGACGUCCGAUCAGAAGCUCGGGAUUGCUCGCCAACUCGUGAAGUUGGGCGUGGACAUCAUCGAUGCCGGUUUCCCUUCGGCGUCACAGGAAGACUUCAACGCUGUCAAGAUGAUAGCGCAAGAAGUUGGCAAUGACUGUGACGCUGAUGGGUAUGUUCCAGUCAUUGCUGCACUAUGUAGGUGCAAUGAGAAGGACAUUACCACAGCGUGGGAGGCUGUGAGAUACGCUAAGAAGCCAAGGCUAAUACCUUUCAUUGCAACCAGUUCGAUUCACAUGGAGUAUAAGCUCAAUAAGACUAAAGAAGAGGUGCUUCAAAUUGCUAUCGACAUGGUCAAGUUUACACGCAGUUUAGGUUGUGAUGACAUCGAGUUCGGUGUUGAAGAUGCAGCCAGAUCCGAUACAGAGUUUCUUUAUAAAAUUUUGGAAGAAGUUAUCAAAGCUGGGGCAACAACUCUGUGCAUAGCUGAUACUGUGGGCAUAACAAUGCCAUUAGAGUUUGGAGAAAUGAUUGCUGGUAUAAAAGCCAACGUCCCUGGAGUUGAAAAUGUUAUUAUUUCUGUUCAUUGUCAUAAUGAUCUAGGACAUGCUACUGCAAAUACAAUACAGGCUGCCUGUGUUGGUGCAAGACAAUUAGAAGUAACAAUUAAUGGGAUUGGUGAAAGGGCCGGUAAUGCUGCAUUCGAAGAGGUUGUGAUGGCCCUAAAAUGCAGGGGAGAUCAUGCCUUAGGUGGUCUUUAUACUGGAAUCAAUACAAGACACAUAUUAAAGACAAGCAGGAUGGUCGAAGAGUGCUCUGGUAUGUAUUUACAACCACACAAAGCUCUUGUCGGUGAUAAUUCUUUUCUCCAUGAAAGUGGCAUUCAUCAGGCUGGAUUGUUGAAGCACAGAGGAACAUAUGAAAUAAUAUCUCCGGAAGAUAUUGGUCAUGAAAGGUCCAAUGGAGCUAAUAUGGUACUAGGGAAGCUAAGUGGACGCCACGCGUUGAAAAAUCGACUCCAAGAGCUUGGUUAUGAACUUAGGGAUGAUGAAUUAGAGAGUGUGUUUCGGAACUUCAAAGCAAUGGCUGGAAAAAAGAAGAGAGUUACUGAUGUUGACCUUAAGGCAUUGGUAUCAGAUCAAGUUUGUCAUGUAGAACCUAUUUGGAAGCUUGAUGAUUUGCAGGUGACUUGUGGAACUAUGGGUUCUUCAACAGCAUCUGUCAAACUUGUUACUGUUCAUGGUAGCACACAUGUUGCUUGUUCUGUUGGUGUGGGACCAGUGGAUGCAGCUUACAAGGCUAUUGAUCUCAUUGUGAAGGAAACUGUAAAAGUACUUGAGUAUACACUGAAUCCAGUUACAGAGGGAACUGAUGCAAUUGCAACUACACGUAUUGUAAUUCGUAGAGAAAACAACAAAACACUUACUCAUGCUUUGAAUGGAAACUUUGUUUAUCCAACAUUUAGUGGGACUGGAGAAGGAGUGGAUGUUGUUGUUUCUAGUGUGGAGGCUUAUCUUACAGCACUAAACAAAAUGCUCGAUUUCAAGGACUGAUUUAUAUUUGUUGAAAAAUUUAUAGCAUUUGGGUGUAUGAGUUGAGACUUCAUGUUAUAAAUUCAAACGAGCUAUUUAUGAUUUCUUUUGUUAACCUUAAAUAUGGAACAAAUUCUUCUAGAA